UUCUAUUCGUCUAGUACCAGGAUCUGAGCAUGUGUUGGCAUGCUGUGUUCCCAUAAGUCACAAGUCCUUGUUCUGGCUAAUAUUCUAAAACCAAACAUCCAUCAAUCAAGCCCUCAACAAUGAACUUCGCUACCAACUCAAGUACCGAUCCCCCUUCUUGGAUGGCACUGUCACCAGCCCAGAAUAUCACCCAGUAAUGCUGACGCGAACAGAGUAAAACAAGGCAGAUGUCUAGAAUAAACACCUCAUUGAGACCGAAACAUCCACACCUCCUGGUGCUAAAUUUACACGUUUCCAUUAACUCUUCCAAGUACUUUUUUAAAGAGUGCAAAGACAAAGCCAAUAAUGUAGGCAAUACUAGUUACUCUGAAGGUACUAUUCAUGCAAAGUUUUACUCUGUAAAAUACAUAUAAUUCAGUGCACUUAUUGUAUUUUGAUAAAACAUAAACAAUGUUAGAAUAACGUGUUCCCCAACUGCAGUCUGUACACAGCACACAUUCUAUUUAUAAAUGAAUGCAAAGUGGCAUCUCAUAGAGCGUGUACUAAUCUCUUCAGACACACCAAACCAAGCAUCCAUGACUGGUGCCAAGAAUGGCUUUCCAUUAUAUUUUAUAGAUUACGUUUGUUUAAAAAUAUGUAUCAUUAGCAUUUUCCUUUAAUUGCUAUCCGUCUUUGGAGCAACAUUCCCAAUUAUCGUGAACAGAUAGACAUGCGAACGCGGGAUGGAUGUUGCUGUACGCUCUCUUAAAGUGACAGUGAACAUUUGGUUGAUCCGUUCCACAAAGAAAGCGCCCAUUACGAUGUGGAGAGCAUGACAACCAUGUGAUGCGAGGGGCUUAUAAGAGGCGCGCCACUCAACGAGACCGCCGCUGCUGCUACAUCGCUCGCUGCAAAGGGACUUUUGCCAGGGAAUAGUAAAUACCGUCGAAACGGCAAAUGUGAAGAGAAUGCAACUCAAAGUUAAGGGAAUUAAAUUAGAUAGCUGUUAACAGACCGUGCUGCACAUUUUGUUAUCGUUAUUGUUGUUUUUUUGUUGCACAGUCCAUACGGUAACGGUUAAUUAUCCAAAAAGCGCCGUUUUGCUCCGGGGUGGAGGUGAAGUCGGUUGUGUACAAAGCAAAGGAGGGGGACACAUGGCUUCCCCGAGGCUGGAAACUUUCUGCUGCCCCAACCGCGACCCGGCCACAUCGGCGAUGCUAUCCUUCACGCCGCUUGGCUUCAACGCCGUGUGCCUGACGAGCGCCGCCGUCAGCCUCGUGGGCUCCCUCAUGCAGCUGCUGCCCAGGGUCCACAAGGCGCGUGGUGGCAGGGGCGGCCGGGGUGGCCCCCCACUGCCGCGAGAGGAGCUCAGCCCCGGCGCGUACCGAGAUGCCGGGGGUGCGGGUGGCCCCCACGCGUCGCCCCACGUGUCCACCGCCCGCACCGCGCGCCUCUCCGCCUCCACGCACAUCGUGCGCAUGCUGGCCCUGUGCGACACCAUGGGCUGCCUCGGCAUCAUUGUCCGUUCAUCCGUGUGGGUGUCCUCACCAUCAUUCGUCGCUGGGAUGUCCACAGUGAAUGCCACUUACGUGUGGCCCAGCGUCUUCUGUGCUUCCACCGCAAUUUGGAUACAGCUAUUUUAUUCAGCCAACUUCCUCUGGGCUUUUUGCUUUGCUGCUGAUGCCUAUUUGGUAGCAAAGAGAGCUGCAGGUUCCAGCACUAUGACCCUGUACCAUAUUAUUGCCUGGGGUCUCGCCUGCCUGCUGUGUGUGGAAGGGGUGGUCACUCUCUACUACCCGAGCAUCUUCAUGUGCGAACAGAGCAUAGAGCAUGCCAUACCACACUACAUCUGCACCUACAUCCCAAUGUUCAUGGGUUUUUUUGUCAACCCAAUCCUCUUCUCCCGGACAGUGACUACAGUCUCAUCAUUACUGAAAGGAAGACAUGGCAUUUACACUGAAAAUGAGCGGAGGCUGGAGUGUCAACUGCGAACUCACUUCUUUAAAAUAAUGCUGGUCUUUUUCAUCUGUUGGAUUCCGAACAUUAUAAAUGAAGCACUGCUGUUUGUGCAGGAACUCUCGCUUGGUCUCAGUGAGAAAGCCAAUAGAGACAUCAAGAACACUGUCUUCAUCACAUGGUACAUGAUGGGCAUCUUAAAUCCUUUGCAAGGCUUCCUCAACUCGCUGGCGUACCAGGGCUGGAAGGGCUGUAGCGUCCGCGGGCCACGGGCCGCCUUGCGCACCCCGUCGUGGGGCUCGGUGACGGGUGACAUGGGCACUGAUGACAAUUGGAUCGGCAGCCCCGCAUCCUCGCCCAACGGCUAUGGGCAGAUGAUCCGGGAGUCGAGCAGCGAGGAUGGCAUCGGCAAGGAGGAGACGCUGAGCGGCUCCCAAACAAUAAACACCCUGGGCAGCCUCAGCUGCAAAGGCUCGGAGGACAGCCUCGUAGAGCUGGAUGCCGAAACUGUGCACUUCGAGGGCACUGCAGACCCGCAAGAUGGUUACGACAAUGGUGUCUCAGAGGCCAGCGGGACACCUACAUGGAGAGCAUCCAUUUCUAGCUCGCAUUAAAACGUUGAGGGGUGCGGGAGGAGGACGCAUUCGUUUUGUCACACUAGUAUGCGAAUAACGAAUUGGUGCCUAUAUGUUCUUUGUUUCCUUUUAAUGUUGGAAUGCCAGUGAAUAAUAACUCGUAUAAGCUUCAAUUAUUUUUCAUCAGCUGGGUGUUCGGUGAAGCACAACUGUAAUGUAACCCAGCACUGUGAAGGUGAGGCUUGGUCGAUCGCACAAAUGUUGUGAAACUCGCUUCCCGUAGGUGUGGAGGUGCCAUACUCUGGCUCGCUAGGAGACGGUAUUACAGCAAGUGGACUAAUCACUAUCUAUGAAAGAUAAUAUUUUACCCUUUCUGGAAAUAAAACAUGUGUUAAGAUGUCCUAACAUCACAUAGAUACCUUUUUUCAAGGAAUAAAGUCUGCAUUAACCACACGUACUUGUGGUGAGCAUGCAAACAACAUGUCUUUGAAACUGAUUGGCCUACACCAGAGACAGCUUUCUUUAUGGCCAAGUUUCACCAGUGUCAGACCAGAGAACGCCAAAAGUGCGAACAGUACAAGGACAAUGUACGUAUCAGAGCAUUUAUAGCUCGGGUUGAGCAAUUAUAUCUAUGGGACCUUUUUACGAAUGUUUGUGCACUGCGAGGAAUCCAGAGCAGUUUCAAAGACAAUACAUAUAAUUAUCAGAGUGUUUGUUUGCAUGUUCACCACAAGUACAUUUGGUUAAUGCAGUACUUGAUUCCUUUAAAAAAGGUUUAUUUUUGGUGUUUGCACAUAUUAACACCUGUUUUAUUGCUAGAAAGGGUAAAACUUAUUCUUAAUUUUCAUACUUUGACACUGGCAAAAAAGGCCCCAUGAUAAUCACUAUCUGUUUCCCACUACGGAGAUAGAGUGUUUCCCCUAUCAUGUUGCUAGGGGUGCUCUGGAUUCGUUCCACCUGAACAAACAUUAAUAAAUUAGAUGGAAAAAUCGUAAAAUAAAAACUAUGCAGAAGCCUCCUCAAAAAGAGUCCUACGACUCAACGUGGCUCUCCUGGAUAAAUUCUAAAAAAUCAGCACCUUCGAUUAGCACGGUUGGCUACGUACGGUGUAUACUUAAAGGGUGCUAUCAAUUGCUCUGGCACACUACAUUUUUUAAGUAGUAAAAAUCAGGUGGUGGGUUCUCAUAAUCGAGGCCAUGUAGGCUGUCUCCAGUAACUUUAUAUCUUACGGGGGGUCGGGGGAGGUGGUCUCACACAUUUUAAGUUUUUGUUGAACUAACUUGUCAAAACAUGAAACAUUACGUGUCAUUUUAUGCAGUGUUGAUACAAUACGCAUGUAUUUUUAUGCAGUCUUGAUACAUGUACAAAUAUAGUUCCUAUUUCGAUUUUGUUGUUAUAUUAAGCUAUACACUUCUAUGAGGAAUUCAUUUUUAAACGUAACAUUUCGAAAUACAGAAUUUCCCUUGAUCUGUGAUCCUAUUAUUACAUCCGUGGGUUAUCCUCAACAAUGUGAUCCUAUUAUCCACGACAGCAGAAGGGUGCGCAAAAUGUGAGGACUCAACCUAUAAUUCACGAUUAUUCACGAAUUUUUCAUGGAUAAGAGGAUACCGUGCAGCAUAUUACAUCCGUGGGUUAUCCUCAACAUUUUAUGCUGUCCUUUCAUGCACCUCCGAUUAGCACGGUUGGCUAAGUACAGUUUGAAAGAAGUUCAACAUGCGAAAAAAGGCACUGAAAAAGCUGCCGUGCACUUGCUUUGAUCACGAGAACGCAGACAUACACGGAGACACAAGGAGAUACAGGACUUCCUCUACUUACGAACAUUUGACUUACGAACUUGCACAGAUAUGAACAAACCUGUCCGUAUAUCUAGUUGCCUGUUCGGACUGAGAGUCGCAAGUUCAACCGCCACGCAAUAGAUGGCGGUGGUGGCAUCUACAUCUGCAGAGCAUGAAGAAUCAGUGGCAUCUACAUCUACAGUAGAAUAUUCAACUUUUAAAGCCAUCCCCCGUGUUUAGUGCACAUGUCAUACAUCACGUUUGGAAUCGACAGGAGUAAAGUUGGAUUUAAGAACAAAUCGACUUACGAACAUACCUCUGGAACCUAACUCGUACGUAAGUAGAGGAGUCCUUGUACACUCAAAACGUGUUUACACUUGUGUGCAAAUACGUUGUGCUUCAAAGAGCCCCUUGCUAUGCUUUAGAGUCGCAAGGCAAAUCGCGAUAUUGGUCCCCCGCCAUAUCACCGCGAAUAAGAGGUGUUCCACCACGUGCACGAUCUGUAUUUUUAUAUUUUAGUAAAUUGGGAACAAACUAUUCGUGUUCAAACAUGCAAAACGCAGAUUCAUCAAACAACAUUCGUACACAAGCUAUUAGAUAAACAGCUGGACGUUUAAACUGUGCAAAGGAAUAAGCAUAUGAAAAUAUCCACAGAUGUUUUAAUUGUUUUGUUAGAAUUGCAAGCAUGUGUUUUUUUGUCGUGUUUCUUUUGGAACCCAUGCUUUUCGUUUUCUUCAGCUAUCGUCCUUAGUCAUUCAUGCUCUCUGUUGACAGCUCAGUAAAGACUGCUUUAAAAUGCAAUUGUUUGUGUUUGCUACCUCCAUUCGGUCUUUACAACAAUCGUAUAAGCAUGUUUGUGACGAUAAAAGCUGAACUUCACAUAA